AACAAUUGGCAUUUAAAGCCCUGGAAAGCUCAUGAGAGUUUUAGUUAGAAAUUACUUUUUUGAAGUCCCAUUCUCUUAGUGUCACAUAGUAGAACAGGUUUUAGUAGGGAGGCAUAGAGUAUAUUCCUCCUCUGAAACUUGGGGCAUGAACUGACCCUAAAGUCCUUUCACAGAGGAGCAGUUCCUUUUUCAGACCCAGAAAAAUUUCCUCUUUUCCUUGAGACAGCACUGAGGUUUUGGCUAUUUUGAAUGCCUGCUAACCAGAGCUGUGGGUGCUGGUGCCAGGUGAGAGAGACACAAACACAUAACACAAUGGGUUAUGAUUCAGUGACUGUGACAAACUGGGCAGUGGUUUUCUCCUCACAUGUCCAGAGCUCUGCACGUGAUGCUGGUGUCACUGUUAGAGCUAAGUGAGGUCAUUAAUUAUCAUGCAAAACUGCAUUUUGAACUCAGCUCUCAGGGUGGGAAAAGGGAAGGUUUGAUGUGUGGGCUGCUACAGCUUCAUCAUACAUUGGCCAAAGGUUUGCUGCGAUUUCUUCUGCUGGGAGAUUUAAGGAUUGAGCACUCUGGUUCAAAACUAUUUUAAGCACUUGAGCCUUUUCUGUUCUGCUUGAUGAAGAUGGUUUUAUUUUGGUAAUAUAUAAAAAUUUUGAUUAAUGACACAGUUGUAUUCAUGUUUAGGAUUGUCCCAGUCAGAACUGAUGUCCUGAAGCUUAACAAGGGUAGGCUGUGGCUGCCCCAUCCCUGGAAAUGCCCAAGGCCAGGCUGGAUGGGGCUUGGAGCAGCCUGGGAUAGUGGAAGGAUGAGCCUUAAGGUCCCUCCAAGCCAAAACAUUCUGGGAUUCCAUCAGGUGGGGCAUUAGCACCCUGAAAUCUGCAGCUUUUAUACAGCCAAGAGAGAGUCAGGCCUUGUGCAAUAAAUGUACACUCCAAGUUGGUGUUUUCCUUGGUUAUCUAUUGUGGGUCUUUAGGAAUAGAGCUCUCUCCUAAAAACUUCCUGCAGAGAUCUGGAGUUCCAGAAUAACAGCUGAAGGUUUUUUGAGCAGUCAUGCGGAUGCAGCGGCUGCAUUAAGAGCAAGAGUGGGAUGCAGAGAGGUGAGUGUUCCUUAAUGCAAUUUCCUGCCUCAGAAUAGUUGAAGGAAUGGUCAGCAGAAGGAACAUGACUGAGCCAUUGCUCAGGAAUCCUGCAGUGCCUCCCAUCAGCUGGUGCCUGGCCCCUCUGCAGUCCCAUGUCUGAGCACGGGCCUGGUGUGGCUUUGCCAAGGUAACCACUUUUUUGGCAGGUUUGUCACCAGAAUGGGAUUUGGGAAAUCCUGCUGCCCCACCUGGCUUUUGAGUCACUGUGACCUUACACUGAUUGUCUGCUCUGUCUCAUGCCCUGGGGUUAUGCUGGGGGUCCUGGACCCGGGCAGUGUAACCACUACACUGUGACAUAAUUAACUUCAGCAACCACACGUGCUAAUUACAAGGUCAUGCCUGCCAAUAAAGCACUGAGUCAAACACAAGGAUGUGAGUGGUUGGUGACUGAAAUCCUUCCCAACAGCUACUGCCAAAGGAAUGUCUGGUUCCCAAUCUCUUUGUUAUCAAAUGGAAAUGGGAAGGGCUUUAAAACGAAGCCACUUGUGCCUGUGGGAAUGGAGGUGUGCUCACAGGGCUCACUGUCCUUAUAACCCAGCAGUUUCUUCCAUGGUUUUCCUAAUACUAAUUUUUUUUUCCUACUGAAAUCCAUACUGCAAUUCCUGAAGUGUUUCUCGUGCCUCUUUAAUUUCCCCCUGGAUCACUGGCAACAUUACUGAGGUGCCCUUUGACUGCACUGCAUGAGGUGGUAUCUUAGGAGUAUCGUGCACGUAACACACUUUGUUGCAGGAGGUGACUCGCUCUGUCCUUCAUUCUCCAUCCAUGACAAGCACCUGAUGGCUCUUCUCCUCGGGGAUCAUGUUCUCCAUACCAACUUUGGGUUGCAAAUAUUGAGCAAAGAGUUAAAAAUCUCUUGGGAAGAGGGUGGGAAGCUCCCACACAGCAUGUGGUGGGAGUGGGAUGGAUCCUCCCAAUCUUUCCUAAGGAGAAUGGGAGCUGUGUAAAUGCUGUGAGUGGGGAAUUUUCUAUGUAAAUCCAUAAUUGUGUGGUGGGUGCUUUAAGGGUAUAACCAACUGGUUUUACUCGAAGUAAAACAAAUACUUGGGGCAUUCAAAACAUUCAGGAAAACAGCAGGACACCAGGAAGUCGGUUUUACCACAGAAUCCCAGAAUGGUUUGGGUUGGAAGGGACCUUAAAGCUCAUUCCAAAACCCAUGGGAUUAUACAGGUGUAGAUGCUGUACCUGGUGCCUCUGGUGUAAGGAGGAAUGCAAAUAGGUGCACAUACCUGCUGGUGCUGUACAGCUCGUUUGCCUUAUACUUUAAAUCCUAAAAUUCACCAGGAAAGAAUAAACUGUGUGUGGGAUCUGUGGGGCUGCUUUACAAGCAGCUGACUUUAGUCUCUCCAUCGACUUGUUGGGGAUCAGGCUUGGGGGUUUCAGGCUCAGCAUUUGUUCUAUUCCCCACAUCAAAACCCUUCACCUCAGCCUCAGGUUUCAUUUAUAAUAUUUAUUUAUAAUUUAUCUUAAGUCUUUUUACCAACUCAUGUCUCUGUCCUGUGAUGGCAAGUGGGGCUUGUAUUUGAGGUUUUUAGGAACUUUUCCCACCGAUGGAGGCUUGGACUGGUGAUGUUUUGAGAAGAACAGUGUGGCCCAUUUUUGGAUCCAAGGUGCCAUCCAGCACAGAGACCCCAGCGAAGAGCUGGAUCCCCCAUUUCAGGUUGCUGGAGCAGAACUGAAGGAAGCACUGCUGAAGCCUGAGGUGCUGGGGUGUCAUAUGGAUCCCCCAUUUUUCCCUCACCAUUGAUAAUUUCAUUUGAGGCCAGCACCCCAAAGUGCACCAAAGCUGCAGGCUGGGCACCUCAUGUCCCCAAACCCACUGUCCCCUCCUGUCCCCCUGGACUGUGAAGGAACCAACAUCUCCCCUUAGCCGCCUCACAUCCCCUCCUUGCUGUGAGAGAACCAAUGCCCCCUUUCUUGUGUCCCCUCAUUGUGUCAUGGUGGACCCAAGGCCAUCUCCCCUCACGUCCCCUCACUAAUCCCAAGGCUGUGCUGCCUCCUCAGUGCCCUCACGGUCCUCAACAUCAUCUCCCCUAAUGUCCCCUCACUGAGUCCUGGGAUUUGAGGGACCCAGUGCCACCUUCCCUCAUUAUCCACUCACAUCCCCUCGUGUGUCUCCACGCCAUCUCCCCUCAGGGGCUCAUGAGGGCUCGACCGCCAUCUCCCCUCAGGGUCCCUCGCCGGGUCACGAGGAUGGCGGGGGCGGGCUGGGUUCGGCUCCACUCGGCUCUGUUCGGCUCCACUCGGCUCUGUUCGGGCGAGCUGGGCCCGGUUUGUCUCCGUUCGGCCGGGCUCGGCCGGUCCCUCAUCCCCGGGGGGGGCGGUCCCGUUGCCGGCCCAGGGCGGGCAGCGCCGCUCGCUCCCUCCCUCCGUCCCUCCCUUCCUCCCUCCCUCCUUUCCCGUGACCUCAGUUCCCGGCGGAGCGCGGCAGCACCACGGCUGUGCUCCGCUGUGCUCCCGCGGGGCCCGCUCGCCCCCGCGCCCGGCCAUGGCGCGCUGAGCGCCGCGGAGCCGCCAGCCCGGGGCCGGCCGGGGCAGCCGGCAGGACGGAGCCGGCAGGACGGAGCGGGCCCGGCGGGCGGGACGGCGCUCGGCCUGCGCCGGGCGGGCGCGGUGGGCGGCGGCGGGCGGAGGCGCCAUGGAGCCGGCGGAGGUGAAGGACCGCAUCCUGGAGAACAUCUCCCUCUCCGUCAAGAAGCUGCAGAGCUACUUUGCUGCCUGUGAAGAUGAGACACCAGCCAUCAGAAACCAUGACAAGGUCCUGCAGAGGCUCUGUGAACACCUGGACCACGCUCUGCUCUACGGACUGCAAGAUCUCUCCUCGGGGUACUGGGUGCUGGUGGUUCACUUCACGCGCCGGGAAGCCAUCAAACAGAUUGAAGUGCUGCAGCACGUGGCCACCAACCUGGGCCGCAGCCGGGCCUGGCUGUACCUUGCCCUUAAUGAAAACUCCUUGGAGAGCUACUUGAGGCUGUUCCAGGAGAACCUCAGCCUGCUGCACAAGUACUAUGUCAAGAAUGCCCUGGUCUGCAGUCAUGAUCAUCUGACCUUGUUCUUAACACUGGUGUCUGGACUGGAGUUCAUCCGCUUUGACUUGGACCUGGAUGCUCCAUACUUGGAUCUGGCCCCAUACAUGCCAGAUUACUACAAGCCUCAGUACCUGCUGGACUUCGAGGAGCGCCUGCCCAGCUCCGUGCACGGCUCCGACAGCCUCUCCCUCAACUCCUUCAACUCUGUCACCUCCACCAACCUGGAAUGGGAUGACAGUGCCAUUGCUCCAUCCAGUGAGGAUUAUGAUUUUGGAGAUGUCUUUCCAGCAAUGCAGACCAUGCCCAGCAGAGACUGGGAAGACGGAGACCUGACGGACACGCUCAGCUGCCCGCGCUCCACCGCCUCGGAGGCCAAUGGCAGCAGGGCCAGGAGCCCCACACAGCGCCACAACCCCUUCAAUGAGGACAAGGCUGAGGUGCCAUCCUCCUCUGACACCACGCCGGUGCACACGGCUGCCCGGGACAGGGCGGAGGCCACCCCCGAAGGAACGGACCAGUCCGAGAGCUGCACGGAGCUGGAGGUCAUCAGGCUAGCCAAGAAGAAGAAGACAGGCAAGAAGAAGAAGGUGAAGCCCGAGGAGGCGGUGAGCAGCCCGGUGCCGGCAGCGCCCGAGGCCAGCGGGGACAGCGGCGUCAAUGGGCUCAGCGACAGGGAGGAGCCGCCGAGAGACGGCCCCGCUGCCCCGGCUGGGCCCGAGGAGAGCAGGGAGUGCGCUGCCCUCGGCCCGCUGGCCCUGCGCAUCCCCGAGAUGAAGGACACGUCCAUGGAGAGCGUGGGGCAGCCCCUGAGCAAGGUCAUAGACAGGCUCAACGGGCAGCUGGACCCCGGGGGCUGGAACGCCGCCCUGGAGCCCCCCGGGCAGCCCUUUCGGACCGGCACGCCAGGGGAGACCCCGGAUGGAUCGUCCUCUGGCGACUUUAGUGAGGGGAUUUCAGCCCCCAUGGACUUCUACCGAUUUACCGUCGAGAGUCCAAACACUGCUGCACCAGGUGGUGGCCACCAUGACCCUCCAGGGCCUGGCCAACCGCCACAUGUUUCUGGUAGCCCUGAGGCUCCUGAAGAAGAAGAAAGCAGAGAGGGAGAAGCAGUUGGGGCAGUAGAGGAACCUGAAAGGGCGAAGGAACCUCAAACUAGCCAGACAGAAACCACCAACACACAGGCUCUCUGUGAGCCCAAGAAGGAGCAGCCCAGCCCUUCCCCAAGCAGCGCUGAGGACUCUGGGGUGGAGGAAGGGCAGGGCAGCCCCUCAGAGCUGACCCAUCCCUCCGAGUUCAGGGUGGAUAACAACCAUCUCCUGCUGCUGAUGAUCCACGUCUUUCGGGAGAACGAGGAGCAGUUGUUCAGGAUGAUCCGAAUGAGCACGGGGCACAUGGAAGGGAACCUGCAGCUGAUCUACGUCCUGCUAACGGAUUGCUACGUGUACCUGAUCCGCAAAGGAGCCCUAGGACACGUGUCCCGUGGCUCCGUGCUGCCCAGGACAUGGAUCGGUUUGCAGGUGCAUCGCUGCUGCUGCAGAGGGGGUGCUGUGCCCCCCUUCACGUGGCUGUCUGUGUCUGUGCCAGGGGCAGCGGAGAAGCCGUACAUGGUGGAGGAGGCCGUGUCCUACAACGAGCUGGAUUACAUCUCGGUUGGGCUGGAUCAGCAGACCGUGACCCUGGUGUGCACCAACCGGAGGAAGCAGUUCUUGCUUGACACUGCCGACGUGGCUCUCACAGAGUUCUUCCUGGUCUCCUUGAAGUCAGCCAUGAUCAAAGGGUGCCGGGAGCCCCCUUAUCCCAGUAUCCUCACAGAUGCCACCAUGGAGAAACUGGCACUUGCCAAGUUUGUGGCACAGGAGUCCAAGUGUGAGGCCUGCAAUGUGGUUGUGCGUUUCUACGGUCUCGUUCACUGGGAGGACCCCAUGGAUGAGGCGCUGGGACCCGCCAGCAGCAGCUGCUCCUCUGCAGAAAACGCCAUCACCAAGGACGGCAUCCUGCACUACAAGGCAGGGACCUCCUACCUGGGCAAGGAGCAGUGGAAGCCCUGCUUCGUGGUGCUCAGCAAUGGGAUCUUGUACCAGUACCCAGAUCGCACAGAUGUCACCCCUCUGCUCUCCAUCAACAUGGGGUGAUCCUGACAGACCGGCCCUCCCUGGAGCUGAGCGCCGACAACGAGGAGGACAUGGCAGACUGGAUGCAGUACUUCUGCCAGGCUGUCUCCAAAGGGGU